AAGCUAUAAAAGUGUUUUAUCAUUUUUGUUUUGAUUGUAAAAUUAGACUACAAGUUGUCAAUUGCAUCAGUAAUGUCCUCCACUGUAUAAUAGGAAGAGGGUUCAUGAAUGUAGCUAUAGAUUAAUAGCCGUAUAGUCUACUGUAGCCUAAGGCUGAAUGAACCGUGACCCACAGCUGUCGCAGCCCAUCAGCUGUGAGCAGCUGAUCUGUCCUCUGGACAGAUUGGACAGACGGGCUGCAGUCGCUCUGCUGCACUUGCCCGCCGUGCUGGAGCGGAGACGAACUCCUGUCAUCGACUUAACAGCAAACCAGACAGAAAGGCAAGUGGUAAAAGAUAUUCUUACUUUACACAGUUGUUAGUUUUUUUUGGACGCCAUGGUGAAACAGCGACGCAUCAGAGCGCGUUCGUGUUGCGCAGCUGUUGCGCCUCUUUGUUGCAGAAGAGGACCGCUGAAGACUCUGACAGAGCCUGCCAUCUUUGCCAGGGAGACCAGUUGUGAUUGCCGCGCCCCUCAUGAGAAACUCACCAUCGCUCAGGCCCGCAGAGGAACCCCAGUGGACCGUCCAGUCAGAGUCUACGCAGAUGGCAUCUUUGACCUGUUCCACUCAGGACACGCUCGUGCUCUCAUGCAGGCGAAGAACCUCUUUCCCAACACCUACCUCAUAGUAGGAGUGUGCAGUGAUGAGCUGACCCAUAAGUACAAGGGUUUCACAGUCAUGACUGAGAUUGAACGUUACGAAGCGCUGAGACACUGUCGCUAUGUUGACGAGAUUUUGCGAGACGCACCCUGGACUCUCACACCGGAGUUCCUAGAGAAACACAAGAUCGAUUUUGUGGCUCAUGAUGAUAUCCCAUACUCCUCAGCAGGAAGCGAGGACGUUUAUAAACACAUCAAGGAGGCAGGUAUGUUUGUGCCUACACAACGGACAGAGGGAAUCUCAACAUCUGACUUAAUUACCAGGAUUGUCCGAGACUAUGAUGUCUACGCCCGACGCAACCUCCAGCGCGGCUACACGGCCAAGGAGCUUAACGUUAGCUACAUCAAUGAGAAGAAGUAUCGGCUACAGAACCAAGUGGACCGAAUGAAGGAGAAGGUUCGCACGGUUGAGGAGAAGAGCAAACAUUUUGUGUACCGCGUGGAGGAGAAGAGCCACGACCUCAUACAAAAGUGGGAAGAGAAAUCCAGAGAGUUUAUCGGCAACUUCUUGGAACUUUUUGGACCCGAUGGGACUUGGAAACAGGUGUUUCAGGAGCGCAGUGGACGAAUGCUGUCCUACGCCCUGUCUCCCCGAGAGUCGCCCUGCAACAGUCCUCCCCGCGAACUGUCCCCGCUGCGUUCUCCCUCACCCCCAUCACCCCCAGCCCGCUGGCACACCGCACGGCCCUCUCCCCCAGCCUCCCCCAAAGGAGCAUCUGCCUUUAUAAGCAGCUUGAGUGAAGGUGACGAAGAUGAGAAGUAGCUGUACUGUUAAACACAUACAUGUAAACACACACUUCACUCACAGUACACUGCCUGAGAACUGCUCACACACACACACACACACACACACACACACACACACACACACACACGUACUCCUACAAACACCGGCUGGAUACUUAAACAAUUCUCCUCAAGGAAGUUGCUAAUAUACGAGGCAGACGGGGAUCAUGGGAAAUGAAGUUCUGCGCUGCGGAGCAAUGAAGCCAUCACGGUCUCUGUUGUCUGGGCAACAAAGCAGACAGAAGAAAGACAAAGGAAGACGAGGGUGAGGAUUUACGUACACAGUGUCAAAUAAGAAGGUCCAGAAUGCCUUGCAGCAUCUUUCAAGAGGAUUUGCUUUGGAUUGUCCAGGGCUGAUAGAGACUGUCCAACAGCCUGCUCAUAAUAUCAUGUAAUUUUUUUGUCUUACUCUGUUAAGAUUAGCUUAUUUUUUAAGAUGCCAAGAUUUCUUGUAACUAGUGACCACAAGAUGCGAAUAGGCACAAAGUUACAGAUCAUUGUGUGUGACAUUUAGUUUAACAGGUUGUGUGAAUCGACAGGAACCAAAUUAAUUCAUCAGAGAAUUAGGAAACAAAGAAAAGACACUGCACGCCCUAGAUUAGCAGAGGUGAAACACAGUCAGUGCUACUUCAGUGCUACAGUGCAUCAUUUUUGCAUAAAGGAUUGGCAAAGAAUAUAACAUUCAGCAUUGCCCGGUACAGUUAUUACCACUUUACCACAUUCAAACUAAUCCACAGAGCCACAGAAAAUCAUAACCUUGGGGAUAUCACCCUGUAUGUUCCUAAACUUGAUGAUGAUUGGUGCAAAAAAAGCUGCACUGAAAUACAACUGAAUAUGGAAAACAAACGUUUUCAUCACCUCAGCUGUACAGCUACGUUUGAAGUCAAACAAUAUAAUCCUAGUUUUUAAGUUCACGUGAGAAUAAGAGUUUUGCAAUGAAAAUGGCAACAAGAUCUGAGUCUCGCCUAAUCUGUAAAAUGACUGUUAGAUAGUCCUAAAAUAAACUUGAUUGUGGUGAGACAGAGAA